AUGGAGGCAAGGCAGCAUGCCGGCGGCGCGGCCCCGUGCGCCAACGGCUGCGGGUUCUUCGGCGGCGGCGCGGCGACAAACGAUCUCUGCUCCAACUGCUACAAGGAACGGCAGCUGCUGGACCUCAUGGCCUUUGACGGCGCCGUCAUGUCCGGCCUCAGGUCGCUGAGGCUGGCGAAAGCUGGAGGCGUGGAGGAGACGCCCGAGAGGACGGCGGGGGCGACCAAGAACCGAUGCGAUGCGUGCCAGCAAACGGUGGGGCUGCUGGGAUUUGUGUGCCGGUGGUGGGCCACGGCCACCUGCUGCGGGGCGCACCGCCAUGCCGGCGCACACGUCUGCUUCUUCGACUACAAGGCAGCCGGCCGCGAGCAGGUCGCGCGCAAGAACCCGCUUGUCGUCGCGCCCAAGAUGGCGAGGAUUUCUUGUUUCUAA